AUGUCAUCGGUGAUAGCCAAAUUGGCGUGUUUUGGUACGACGUUGAUGGAGGGCAGCGAUCUGAGUUAUUACUUCACAUUCCUAAAGGAACAACUGAAAUUAAGUUCAAACGAUUACAUAAACACAACGGCGCGUUGUCUACAAAUGAUGCUUCGUAUCGAUGAGUAUCGACACGCUUUUGUGGCUAUUGACGGCAUUGCAAGUAUUGUGACAGCACUGAGUGGCAAAGCGAAUUUCCAACUGCAGUAUCAGCUGAUCUUCUCGUUGUGGUGUCUCACGUUCAACGCAUCCAUCGCAGAGCGCAUCCCGUCGAGUGGUGUCAUUCAGAUUCUCGGCGAUAUACUCUCUGAAUCCAGCAAAGAAAAGGUGACUCGUAUCAUUUGUGCGACAUUCCGUAAUUUACUCGAGAAAAUCGAGGAUCGCGAACUGGUGCGCGAGGCAGCGCUGCAGAUGGUUCAGUGCAAAACGCUGAAAACACUCGAGCUGGCAGAUUCGAAGAAAUUCGACGAUGUCGAUUUGCACGACGACAUCGAGUUUCUUUGUGAAAAACUUCACGUCUCCGUUCAAGACCUUUCAUCGUUCGAUGAAUACGUCACCGAACUAAAAUCGGGUCGGUUACAGUGGAGUCCGGUGCAUAAAUCUGAGAAGUUUUGGCGAGAGAAUGCGACACGUUUCAACGAGAAAGAUUUUGAGUUGGUCAAGUAUGUAUUGUCGUUGACGUUUUUUGAAGUUAUUGCUGUCUUCUUUAUUUUUAUUGAUCGGUGUGAUCUAUAUCGGUUGGUAGGCAUUCUGAAAACGACCUCCAAACUGCAGACAGCUCGGAAAUGCGAUCCGGCAGUAGUGAGAGAAUUUGUGGUAUUAUUCUAUUGGUGA